UCUGCUCUCAGAGGCUUCCUCCCACCGUGUCCCGCCCGCGCACAGCGCACUCGUCUGGGAGCCUCGCAGCCCCACGUCCAUGUCCGCGGCGGUGGCGCCUGCGGCUGUGCACCCCGACAGCAUGCUCUCCGAGGCUGAGGAGUCCAAGGAAGUGGCCACAGAUGUCUUUAAUUCCAAAAACCUGGCCGUUCAGGCACAAAAGAAGAUCCUGGGUAAAAUGGUAUCCAAAUCCAUCGCCACCACCCUGAUUGAUGACACCAGCAGUGAGGUGCUGGAUGAGCUCUACAGGGUGACCAAGGAGUACACCCAGAACAAGAAGGAGGCGGAGAGGGUCAUCAAGAACCUCAUCAAGACAGUCAUCAAGCUGGCCGUCCUCCACAGGAACAAUCAGUUCAAUCAAGAUGAGCUGGCGUUGAUGGAGAAGUUCAAGAAGAAGGUUCACCAGCUUGCCAUGACGGUCGUCAGCUUCCACCAAGUGGAAUACACCUUCGACCGCAACGUGCUGUCCAGGCUUCUGAAUGAGUGCCGAGAGCUGCUGCACGACAUCAUUCAGCGCCACCUCACCGCCAAGUCUCAUGGACGGGUUAAUAAUGUCUUUGAUCAUUUUUCAGAUUGUGAUUUUUUGGCUGCCCUGUAUAAUCCCUUUGGAAAAUUUAAACCUCACUUACAGAAACUUUGCGACGGCAUCAACAAAAUGUUGGAUGAAGAGAACAUAUGAGCUCGUGACAUGAGAUUCUGACCAGCAGCGAUGUAUGAGAAGAUGGAGCAUUGCUGACUCAUGAAGGGAGGAUGGAGAAUCAUUUGAAGAUCACAUAUCUUUCAGAAAGCCUUGGCCCCAUACAACCAAUUGUUGUACAUUAAUGGUAAUACUUUUAUGUGGAUUUGUCUAUUUGGGGAAAAAAAAAAAGCAUAUUGCCAAAAAUUCUGGCUGAAAAUGCCUUAAUGAAUGGCAGGAUGUGGGAAAAAUAGACAGUUGAUAAUUCAAAUGUAGAGUGACAUAAAGACAGAUUAGCAUGGCUCCAAUCUCCAGGACUUUUUUGUGUUCUAGGGGAAUUAUGUUGGUGGCACAUUGGAUAUUUGUAUUAUAUAUAAAGUUGUGUAUCUUCAUUCACUUUUAUUCUUUACUAUGUCCGUGUAUCUCUUUUAAAAUGCCAGAAACCUCCCUUUGCUGUCAUUGAUCCUUUUGAAACAAGUUUUGCUUCCCAGUCUACUUUUGAUUCUUUGUUAUAGAUUGUCAUUGACCUUCAGGAAUUAAGUCUGAAGCAGUCGGGUUGAAUGCUCAGGAAAGCAGAAAACUGCAUAUCUGAAAUCAUGACUGUGGAAAUAAACAGACAUCAUGAGUAAUGUCCAUUGUAGGAGUGUGCUUUCAAAACUGAGUUCUACUUCUUAGAACCAUUGGUGAUACUUAGAGUCUCAAAACUGUAGUGGCACGUUAUUGCCUUGAAAUACUUGCUUAGGGCCUAACUUUGAUGUCAUCCCGAACAUGUGCUGACAAAAGUCUCCAGUAUUAACAUCCAUUUCACAUGUAGGAGAAAAAAAAAUUCUAGAUUGGCUUUGAUAUUGAGACAAUAAAAUGUAAGUAGCAUGAGAGAAAAAAAAAAGGAAAAUGUUCUUGAGUUUAAAAAUGAACUCAUCAGACUAAUUUAGGGGAGCAAGGGAUGAAAGCAUAGGAAGGAGGAUGCUAAGUAAUCUAAGAAAGAUGGAUGCAUUUCAAUGUUUAAUGGGGACUGAUGAAUAAAAGAUAACUUUUUUAUUUAACUA